AUGCAGUCCCUGACGGAGGAGAUCCAGAGUUUCUCUCGGACUCGCCUGAGGAAGCAGUGCACCCGGGUGACGUCUCUGAGCGGCCGCCGGAUUAUCGAGACUUGGAAGGGAUCCACAAUCACGGUGGUGGAGGAGGCGGUCCCCCCAGAGAAGAUGCUGGGCUACGUCCCGGACACUUCCUGGGAUCUGCAGGUCGGCGUCGUCAAGCCCUUCUUGCUGCUGGGUUCUCAAGACGCGGCGCACGACUUCAGCACUCUGAGAAAACACAAGGUGUCUCACAUCCUGAACGUGGCCUUCGGGGUGGAGAAUGUGUUCCCGGACCUGUUCAUCUAUAAGACCGUCAGUAUUCUGGAUCAUCCCGACGCCGACCUGCUGCUUCACAUCCAGGACUGUUGUGAUUUCAUCCAGCAGGCUCGCAGUGAGAAAGGCAUUGUGUUGGUCCACUGCAACGCCGGCGUGUCGCGAGCUCCCGCCGUGGUUAUCGGCUACCUGAUGUCAUGUGAUGGACAGUCCUUCGAGGAUGCGCUCUCGUUGGUCCGAUCGGCUCGUCCCGCCUCCUCGCCCAAUCCUGGCUUUGUGGAGCAACUGAGGAACUACAAAACAUCAAGCAUGAAUGGCUCCAAACACUGA